UAGACUGUGAAAACAUGUUUUUUCAAAGGAUUAGAAUUUUUAUUCCAGAGACAAAACCUAGCCAGAUGAGAUGGGCCGAGGGUGACAUGAUUAACCAGACAAUUAUCAGUCAAUUGAUCUCUUGAUAAGCUUCAAUAAUGUCGACGUGUGAUAAGAUUUAUUAUAGCGUGGAGUUUCCGCUGAGCAACAUUUUCGCGCGGAAAGUCAUCGGGAUUGAAUCGAAGCGAGGAUUAUUGUUUUUUUAAUUAUUUAAAAAUCGUUCGAAAUCCACUGGACGCUGUCCUGGGGUCAAAGACUGAUUGACGUCGCGAAAUAUUCUCCCAUAGACCACCUGAUACUUCAGAGUAAAUUAGGGAUUGCGUUGCGAUGCCCAGAUAACGAUGUCCAAACCUUUGUUUCUGACCGAGCACACAUUUUUGGUUCCCAAUUCAUACGAGUAAAGCUCGCAGCGCAAGUAAGACUUUGAACUAUCGCAUUAUUUUUCAUUCGAUAAAUUUAACUACGGAAGUUCAUUGAGGUGUGGUUUAUUAAGGCGGACACGUCUCGGACGAAGGCGCAUCAUUCGAUGCGUGAUAGUCCUAAGAUAAGGCGAAGAUAUACAUCGAUACUUAUCGUCUCUGUUUGAGGAAUGGGUCAUUCGCGGGCAGAACAAUCAAGUGGCAGUACCCAACGAUGUGAGAUGGAUCUAGAAGUGUGACGAAUUCAUAGUAACUCGUUCGUUUGAAAAGUUUGGGAAAUUGACAGUCGUUUUGUGGACAGUCAUGGGGCUAAAAUGGUUUCGGGCUCGUCUGACGAUGAAUCGGAUGCCGAAAUCGAGUAUGAUAACGUCAAGCGUAUCCGGAUUUUAUCGAUCAAUUUCACAAUUCGACACAGAGACACAGCCAGCCGAACCUACGUAUUGCCAGGAAAUUCGGACCGCUCCGAGUGGACGUUCGAUAGCGACGACCCCAUCCGAAACAAUCGCUCACAACCCAAUGGCAGGUUUGAAUAGACAAGGGAUCGAGGGUUACCAAGUUCCGAGCGAAAUAAUCUCGAUACCUAGACAACGAUUGGAAAUGCCGAGUGACGCACGACCGAUAGACACAAACGAAGACCUCGAAUCUCCCGAUGACAGCGUGCCGAAGCAUUUACCCAGAGAAUCGAUAGACUUCAUGCGCAAUCUCAACUCCGGAGGUUCCUUCAAUCGAAAAGGAUCGCGAUCGCGACGAGUGGAGUUCAAAAAAAAGAAGGGACGGGCUCCGAUUCCAGUGGAAACGUCAAACAAUCAUUCCCGAGGUGGUGAAAGAUUCAUCACUUUCGGAAAAAACGGCGGAUCCGAUGCUAGUGAAAUCGAAAUUUGAUUGACCAGUGAUCUCAUCGAUUUACACUUUUGUGCCCAAAAUCUAAUACAAAAAAAUGGAGCUUCAUUCACAUUGGAACUCGAGUGAGUGAGCACGACAUGGAAGAAAAAAUCGAAUGGGUUCGUGCCAAUAAAUAAUCUUUCAAUACGACUUUGAAUCUUAGAAACGAGUUACAAAAUAGUGACUAAAAAUGUUCUUAAAUUUUAGAACGAAAGUGUAUAAAAAAUAUGAACAUUUUCAUGCCGAAGCAGCUGAUAACAAAUGUCUAAUGAAGCUAGGCCAACGUUUGCCAUUUAUUCUAUGGUUUCUUCAUAAUGCAGGGAAAAAAAUGUUGCUCGGGUUUGGCAAACGAACCCGGAGAAUUUUGACUCGAAUGUUGCUUCCACUCCUUGCAAAAUAAAUAUCGUAGAGAGUAAGAAAAAAAAUUAUGUGAUCUAUUACCUGGCAA